CAUCCACAUACAUAGAUUACUCUCUGCAACUGCUCAAAAUCUCGUAUUUCUUCCUAAAAAGCGUGGUUUCUGCAACUUCUUAGUAGGUCUCCUACUUUCUUUGAACUUCUUGACUUAGAGUUGCAUAUAGUCGUCUUGACUAAGAGUCGCCAAACCUCAUCCACAUAAAUAGAUUAGUCUCUGCAAACUGCUCAAUCUUGUGUUUCGUCCUAAAAAGCUUGCUUUCUGCGGCUUCUUUCUAACUAUCUGAUAUAUCUUUCUCAUUCGAUCCUUGAGGUGCAACUUAAUCCUGGUUAAUAUUUCAUCUCUUAAUCCUUUUUAGUAUUUCAUCUCUUAUUCAAAACACGGAUGUCUUUUGAUGUGUGGUUCUGCAGGCAAUGAAUAUGGCUUCUUCUUCUACCAUCUUCCCUCAAGAAAACAUGAUGUGUUUCUGAGUUUCAGAGGCGAAGAUACCCGCAAUACUUUUACAAGCCAUCUUUAUGCUGCUUUGCGUAGGAAGAAAAUCGAAACUUUCAUUGAUUACAAACUAGAGAGAGGAGAUAAAAUUGCGCCUGCCCUUGUCGAGGCAAUUGAGAAAUCAAAGCUUUCCGUAAUAAUUUUCUCAAAAAAUUAUGCUUCUUCCACUUGGUGUCUCGAUGAACUUGUGCAUAUCUUGCGAUGCAAGGAAAGAUAUGGGCAGUUUGUUAUACCCAUUUUUUACGACAUCGAUCCAUCACAUAUAAGAAAGCAGCAGGGGACUUAUGCAGAUGCAUUUGCUCGACUUGAAGAACGUUUCAAGGACAGUAUGGACAAGGUGCACAAGUGGAGGGAUGCUUUGAGGGAAGCAGCAAAAAUAUCUGGGUUCGAUAAUUCAAACAAAGCCGGGUCGGAGGCUGAUUUAAUUCAGAAAGUUGUCGAUGAUAUUUUGGCCAAACUGAAUCGCAAAAAGUCAAGUGAUUUGAAGGGAUACGUUGGAAUUGAAAGCCGUAUCAAGGAAAUUGAAUUCUUAUUAUCCAUUGAUUCAAUAGAUGUCUGCAGUGUAGGUAUUUGGGGCAUGGGUGGUAUUGGCAAGACCACCCUUGCUGAUGCUAUAUUUCAUCGACUCUUUUCUAAAUUCGAAGCUUGUUGUUUUCUUGCAAAUGUUAGGGUGGAAUCAGAGGAAAAAGAUGGACUAAUUCACUUGAGAAAUAAACUUCUCCGUAAGUUACUAGAUGAUAAGAAUCUAGAUAUUGACACUCCAUCUAUUGGAUCAACCUUUGUUCGUGAGAGGCUCAGUCGUAUGAAGGUCCUUAUUGUUCUUGAUGAUGUGAAUGACUCGAGCCAAAUCGAACUUCUAGCCGGGGGCAGAGAUCAUGCUCGGUAUGGCCCCGGAAGUAGAAUCAUUGUAACAACCAGAGACAGAAGCCUGCUUAAGGAAAUUGUUGAAGAAGAUAAGAUAUAUGGGGUUCAGGCACUAAAACCUGAUGAAGCUCUUCAGCUCUUCAUUUGAAUGCCUUCAAAUAUAACACUCGUAUAACAGAUUAUACAGAAUUGGCGGAAAAGGUGGUAGAUUAUGCCGGUGGCAUUCCAUUAGCUCUUAAAAUUUUGGGUUCCUCAUUCCUUUGCUGCGAGAGCAAAGAAGAUUGUUUAGAUGAAUCAA